ACAAAGUUUAGUUUGUUUACGUUUGGUUUGUUACGCGUUUGGCCGGUGAUCCGGUUCGAAAAAGUCCCAAGUACGGUUCGAAAAAGAUGCCCAAGUACUCGUCCGGUGGCCGUGGGAAAGGCAAGGACGGAUCGCGCCACGGCAAGGACAACGAAGUGAUCAAAGAGUCUUCCGGGCGGAGGGAUAAAUCUUCCCGAAGUAACGAGCGCCGCCGGAUGGUGGCCGAGUUCUACGCCAACGACGCACCCAAGCUGUGCGACCACGUCUCGCUGGAUCGUAACAACCACCGGAUGCGGCCGUGCACACCGCUGGAGAGCUACGUCAGCACUGGGAGUGAUUUGAAAAUCAAGUUCCACACGAUGACGGGAACUUCGCUGUUUCCGUCCAGCUUCGGCAUCAAGUACGAGUUUGCCGAUACGUUGCUCGGCGGUGAGCCGUACCUUGGGCAGAAGGGAGAGGAUGUUCCGCUGCUCUGUUCAAGGGUGUUCCGGAAGCGUAAGGGAGAGUUUCAAUUGCCACGGAAUGUGUUCCUGCAUGGGAGGGGUGGAACGAGUAACAUAACCUGUUUGUACCGGUUUGAGGCAUCCGUUGGGGAGAGGGUAAGGUGUUUGGACCUUGACCUUAAGAUUCCGUUGGGUUGUUUCUGUGACAACACGACCAGUUCGUACAACUUCCCUCUAACGUUCGCCUUGAACUCACGCACGAUGGAACUGACACGGUUGAACGUUUCGGAUGUUCACAAUGAUGUCCGCGCUGACCCGGUUGAUCUUCCACUUUUUGGGAGAUCCACUGCUGGAGUACCAGCACGACGACAACCAGAAGAUUGAUCCGGUU